GGAUCUGACUAAGGGGAAGUCUAAUAAGAAGUGUUCUUAAAUCAGGAUGGUGCAUGUGAACACAAUUUACUUACCUUCUUAUGUAUCUUGUCUCUCUUUUUCCUAACCUGACAGCUCCCCCAACCGUUCGGAUUGUGCACUCAGGCUUGGCAUGUAACAUUGAGGAGGAGCGCUACUCAGAGCGGGUCUACACUAUACGGGAAGGAGAAACUCUAGAACUGACCUGUCUGGUCACAGGACAUCCACGUCCACAGAUCAGGUGGACCAAAACAGCAGGAAGUGCCUCUGACAGAUUCCAAGACUCAAGCGUCUUCAAUGAGACUUUGAGGAUUACAAAUAUUCAGCGACACCAAGGAGGCCGGUAUUACUGUAAAGCAGAGAACGGCUUGGGGUCCCCAGCGAUAAAGUCAAUCAGAGUGGAUGUCUACUAUUUGGACGAUCCAGUAGUAACUGUUCAUCAAAGUAUAGGUGAAGCUAAAGAACAGUUUUACUACGAGAGAACAGUUUUCCUCCGAUGUGUUGCCAAUUCCAAUCCACCUGUUCGGUACAGCUGGAGACGAGGCCAGGAGGUGUUACUACAAGGAUCUGAUAAAGGAGUUGAGAUUUAUGAACCCUUCUUUACACAGGGUGAAACAAAGAUCUUAAAACUAAAGAACCUUCGACCUCAGGACUAUGCUAAUUAUAGCUGCAUUGCCUCAGUGAGGAAUGUGUGUAAUAUUCCUGAUAAGAUGGUGUCAUUUAGACUUUCGAAUAAAACAGCAUCUCCGUCAAUUAAACUCUUGGUGGAUGAUCCUAUAGUUGUAAAUCCUGGAGAGGCCAUAACGUUAGUAUGUGUUACAACAGGAGGAGAGCCCGCACCCUCUCUCACCUGGGUCAGGUCGUUUGGGACUCUGCCUGAAAAGACUGUUUUGAAAGGAGGAACUUUGACCAUACCUGCCAUCACCUCAGAUGAUGCUGGUACUUAUAGCUGCAUCGCCAAUAACAAUGUGGGAAACCCUGCAAAAAAGUCCACCAACAUCAUAGUGAGAGCAUUAAAAAAAGGACGAUUUUGGAUCACUCCAGAUCCUUAUCACAAAGAUGACAACAUCCAGAUUGGGCGUGAGGUGAAAAUAUCUUGCCAAGUAGAAGCCGUUCCUUCUGAGGAGUUAACAUUUAGUUGGUUUAAAAACGGUCGUCCAUUAAGAAGUUCUGAACGGAUGGUUAUUACACAGACCGACCCUGAUGUCUCCCCGGGAACAACAAACUUGGACAUCAUUGAUUUAAAAUUCACGGAUUUUGGGACAUACACGUGUGUAGCGUCUCUGAAGGGAGGAGGAAUAUCUGAUAUCAGUAUUGAUGUUAACAUAUCCAGCAGCACAGUUCCACCCAAUCUGACUGUUCCACAGGAAAAAUCACCUUUGGUCACCAGAGAAGGAGACACAAUAGAACUGCAAUGCCAAGUAACUGGAAAACCUAAACCGAUCAUCCUUUGGUCUAGAGCGGAUAAAGAAGUUGCAAUGCCUGAUGGGUCAAUGCAAACAGAGAGUUAUGAUGGAACACUGAGGAUUGUGAAUGUAUCUAGAGAAAUGUCAGGAACGUACAGAUGUCAGACCAGCCAGUACAAUGGAUUUAACGUGAAGCCCAGGGAAGCAUUGGUGCAGCUCAUUGUGCAGUAUCCUCCUGCUGUGGAACCAGCAUUCUUGGAAAUCCGACAAGGGCAGGACCGCAGCGUUACCAUGAGCUGCCGGGUGCUGAGAGCCUAUCCAAUCAGGGUACUGACCUACGAGUGGCGUUUGGGCAAUAAACUAUUACGGACGGGUCAGUUUGACUCUCAGGAAUACACAGAGUACCCGGUGAAGAGUCUUUCCAAUGAAAACUAUGGGGUUUAUAAUUGUAGCAUCAUAAACGAAGCCGGAGCCGGGCGAUGCAGCUUUCUUGUUACAGGAAAGGCCUAUGCUCCAGAAUUCUAUUACGACACCUACAAUCCUGUGUGGCAGAACAGACACCGUGUUUAUUCCUACAGUCUGCAGUGGACACAAAUGAAUCCUGAUGCAGUGGAUCGGAUUGUUGCAUACCGGUUGGGUAUUAGGCAGGCUGGACAGCAGCGUUGGUGGGAACAGGAGAUUAAAAUAAAUGGGAAUAUCCAAAAGGGAGAAUUAAUUACGUAUAACUUGACUGAACUAAUUAAACCAGAGGCUUAUGAAGUCCGACUGACUCCUCUUACCAAAUUUGGGGAAGGAGAUUCAACAAUUCGUGUCAUAAAAUAUAGUGCUCCUGUAAAUCCUCAUUUGAGAGAAUUUCACUGUGGAUUUGAAGAUGGUAAUAUUUGUUUAUUCACACAAGAUGAUACAGAUAAUUUUGACUGGACAAAACAAAGCACUGCAACAAGAAAUACAAAAUAUACUCCUAACACAGGUCCGAAUGCUGAUCAUAGUGGCUCCAAAGAAGGUUUUUAUAUGUACAUUGAGACAUCUCGACCUAGACUGGAAGGUGAAAAGGCUCGACUUCUCAGCCCUGUUUUCAGCAUAGCUCCCAAAAACCCUUAUGGACCCACGAACACCGCGUAUUGUUUCAGCUUCUUUUAUCACAUGUAUGGACAACAUAUAGGUGUUUUAAAUGUUUAUCUACGUUUGAAAGGACAGACAACGAUAGAGAAUCCACUGUGGUCUUCAAGUGGGAAUAAAGGACAACGAUGGAAUGAGGCUCAUGUGAAUAUAUAUCCAAUUACUUCAUUUCAGCUCAUUUUUGAAGGUAUUCGAGGUCCUGGCAUAGAAGGUGACAUUGCCAUUGAUGAUGUAUCAAUUGCAGAAGGAGAAUGUGCAAAACAAGACCUAACAACUAAGAAUUCCGUUGAUGGUGCUGUUGGAAUUUUAGUACAUAUAUGGCUUUUUCCAGUUAUCGUCCUCAUCUCCAUCUUAAGUCCUCGAAGGUGA